UUCGGGAGGAGGAGACGUGGCAAAGGCUGCGGCAGGCAGUGACAGGGGCCCGAAACGAGGCUGCCAUAGGUGCAGGACUCAUGGAUGGGGACAUAUCGACGGGAAAGAUGGCGUCCCCUGCCUGUGCCAUGGCUCCCUUAGAUAGCAUGGAAGUCCUUGACCUCCUGUUCGACGGGCAGGAUGGCAUCCUGAGAAAUGUAGACCUGGCUGAGAGCUGGAUCCUCACCAGAGAGGAACAGAAAGUUCUACCAAAUUCUGACUCUGAUGAAUUCCUAAAUUCCAUCCUGGGACCUGGAGACUCUGACCCCAGCUCCCCAAUAUGGUCCCCAGCUGACAGUGACAGCGGCAUCUCUGAGGAUCUACCUUCCGAUUCCCAGGACACCCCUCCUGGUAGUGGACCUGGAUCCGCUAACGUUGCAGCCAGGUGUCAUCCAAGCAAGCAAGGCGAGGGGCCCUGCCCCUCCUACCUUCCUAGCACAGCAUGCCCUGAGCCUCCAAGGACACAAGUCCAUGAGUCCUCGGUGGCCAUUGACCUGGACAUGUGGAGCACAGACACCCUGUACCCGGAGGAGCAGGCUGGCUCGCCCUCCCGCUUCAACCUCACUGUGAAGGAAUUGCUGCUGUCUGGUGGUGGCGGGGACUUGCAACAGCAUCCCUUGGCCGCCUCCCAGCUGCUGGGACCUGGGAGUGGGCACUGCCAGGAGCUGGUACUGACAGAGGAUGAGAAGAAGUUGCUGGCUAAAGAGGGGGUGACCCUUCCCACCCAGCUGCCCCUCACCAAGUAUGAGGAACGGGUGUUGAAAAAAAUCCGCAGAAAGAUCCGGAACAAACAGUCAGCUCAAGAAAGCAGAAAGAAGAAAAAAGAAUACAUCGAUGGUUUGGAGAACCGGAUGUCAGCGUGUACCGCCCAGAACCAGGAGCUGCAGAGGAAGGUCUUGCACUUAGAAAAGCAAAAUUUGUCUCUUCUGGAGCAGCUCAAACACCUGCAGGCUCUUGUGGUCCAGUCAACCAGCAAGCCUGCCCAUGCAGGCACCUGCAUAGCGGUCCUUCUGCUGUCCUUCGUCCUGAUCAUCCUCCCUUCCAUCAGCCCUUUCACUGCCAACAAAGUCGACAGCCCUGGUGACUUCAUUCCAGUGCGAGUGUUUUCCAGAACCCUGCACAACCAUGCUGCAUCCCGCGUGGCUCCCGACGUCACCCCAGGACCCGAGGUCCCAGGACCCCACAAAGGCUCUUCUGGCGGCCUCAGUGCAGACUGGGGGAAUUUUCUAGAAAUUCCAAUGUUGGAUGACCCAACAGAAGAGUUAGACAACACCACCCUGGUGCUGGCCAACUCCACAGAGGACCUGGGACGGGCCACUCUGCUGGACUGGGUGGCUUCAGAACCACUGCUUGGCCAGAUGGGGCUGGAGAUACCAGGGGAGGAGAUAUGGCUGUCCUGGGUACCGAGGUGGCUCAGGGUCCGUGUGGUGCAAGAUGCUUUGGGGGUGCUAUGACAGGAACAGCAGGCCGACUCAGACAGCCCUGGGAACUCACAGCCUCCUUGAGAAGCUGACCCCCAUAUCAGUGGAAGUGGGGUUUCCAGGUACAAGAACAUGAAGACCCUGGUGUAGAACAAGAAUCAGAGCCCUUUACCCAGACAGACAGACAGACACUUAACACCUGAACCCUAAGCCCAACCAUAGAAUGCCUACUCUGCCCUGACCACUAGGACGACGCUGAGCCUACGGGGACCUGGGCUUCCCAACAGCAAGGUCCAGCCCACGAGCUUCUGUCGUCCUCUUGGAGAGAGGUCUUACUCUGGUAGACCAGGCUGGCCUCAAAUCCUGAGCUAGCUCUACCUGCCUGUGUCUCGACUGCUGGGAUUAAAGGUGUGUGCUACCACCCACUUUUCUAAGACUGUGAGACCGUCAAUAAAAUAUUUUGACAAA